UUGCGCUCUGAUAAAACAAUUAAAAUGGACCCACCCACGGAACUUAUAAUUGAUUUUGAAACGUUCCUGCAGUCUGCGGGUAGGGCGUGCACUAACCUUAUCUAAACUGUUUCCUCACACGCUGCCCGGAACUCCGAAAAAAAUCGAUGUACUUGAUGUCAGCCGGCUCCUCCGAUUUUGUGUCUGCCGCUUGGAGAUCGGAGGCCGAGGAGGCCAAGUCGGAGGCGAACAGGAACCUCUGCUGCUGUGAGUACGUGGCGGAGGACACCCGACAGCGAUCGCACAUCCUAGGAUGCUGUUGUAACUGCGUGGAUUUCGACUUAGUGUGCACAAGACUCGUCACCUGCAAAUCCAUCGAUCGAAGGAACAUAGACGGCAUGCUGAUCGCUUUCCAGGAUCGACUGCGUCUGCCGUGGCGCGGCGGAGCCAAGCGAAUCUCACCCGCAGCUGUGGCUCCCGCCUUCAUUGUUCCCCUCAUGCUGGGAUUGGCCACUUUAAACUCCAAGACCGCCAUUGUGCUAAUGCUCACUUUGGUGGGCUUUACCAUCUGGGGCAUGCAGCUGGCCAAGCGGACGGCCACGCGGACAAACUUCUUUCUCAGCUGGCUGGUCUUCUCGGUGCUCUACAUGAUCAUCAUCUUUGAGUUUCAGGUGCCUCUGCUGGAGCUGGCCCCGGAGGAGAAUUACGCACUAAUGUUCUUCUCCUGUGCCGCUCUGUACUGUCUCUACUCCACCAAGGCACUGUCCCCCUUGAAUCUAGUCUCGGCUCAAUAUGGAACUACGCCCAAAGAUGAGUUGCCUGGCAUAGCGGAGGCAUCUAGUGGCGAGGAGCAGGCAGAGGCACAGACCACGCUCCAGAUGGAUAGUGUGCUGAGUUUGGAUGACGACGAAGUGGUGGACAUGGACUCGGCUGAGCGGGCGGGCUUAAUGCACGGGCAGCCCAACAUCUGCGAGAUCUGUCGGAAGGUGACUCCCAGGCGGGCAUACCACUGUCCCGUCUGCGGAACCUGCGUAAAGAGGCGGGAUCACCAUAGCUAUUGGCUCAACUGCUGCAUCGGGGAGCGGAACCAUGUGUGGUACAUUUUCGGACUGGCUCUGUCGGAAAUUGCACUCCUGCUGGGCGCCAACUUGACCCUAACAUCGAUUUGCCAUCCUUUCAUGGUGGUGCGACCGCUGGGCUAUCCCGUGCUGCUGCCCGACGACUGCAGUGAGGUUUUCGAGGGCUUUGAACUGGGUAUCUCCUUUGUAGUGGCUUGCUACGCUCUGCUCAUUUCCGCCUACAUCGCUUUUAUACUCACUCGACAGGCUUACUUGUGGUGGAAGGGCUCCACCCUGCACGAAUACAAACGCGCCUCCAACGCCGCAGGUCGCAAUCGAAUCUGGAGCAACUGGCGGGCCAUUUUAAAGUGAUUGCUCACAAACCAAAAAGCACAAGAAGGCACAAGCUUGUAGCCCAAAUACUAAAGUAUUUCCACUCUUAACUCUGUUCUUGGUAGUCGUACUUAGUCAUAGCGCUUUAAGGUCUUAAAUGCAAUUUCAAAUUUAUUCAAAAUAAAUAUAAUUAGGAAUCUAAAAACGCGAAACGAAAAAAA